AUGGUGCUUCUGCGCCGCGUUGUGUGGGUGCUGGCCGCUGCUCUGUGCUGCACGUCCUUGUGCGUGACGUCUGCUGCGGCGGAGAACGCUGUGCUUCCGCCUGCUGGUACUCGGGAGGCAGCGCAGGCGAAGGUGGCUGCCUGCACUAAAGAUCUGUCAAAUGCCCAGGCUUUGCUGCAAGGUGCUGAGGAGGCUUAUGCCAAAGCUGACGAAGCAAAGAGGGAGGUCGAUAAUUUCACGGCGAAGGCCACCAAGGCAAAGAAGUCUGCCUCAGAGGCAGAGAGUAUGUCAAAUGCGGCAGUGAAGAGUAUUGCCGAAGGAUUGGAGGCGCUGAAGAAGGCUGCUGAUGCAGGGACUGAGACAACGGCUGUGGUAACAUUGGGUGUCGGUGAUCUCAAGGCUGCUGCUGGGGGUGCGCAAACUGCGGCGAAUAAGGCCAACAGUGCUGCGGUAAAGGCCUCAGAGGCGGUGAAGUUACUCGAGGAGGCCACGGAGCAUGCAAAGAAUGUACGGGAUCGGGCAGAGAAGCUGGGAGAAGGGAUGAAAGCCGAAGUGUGGAAGAACGCAGUGAAGAGCGUCGGAGAUGCCUUUAGCCGUGAGGGGGCAAAGACACUAAAUGCUGAAGCGGCGCUGAAACUCGCUGUGAAAACAGUGAACAAGAAUAAAAAAGGAAACGCUGCAGCAAAUCUUUUUUUCAGUGCGCGAAUGAUGGCAGAGCAGAUUGGGCUGGCACUGACGAAUAUCAAGAGGGCAGAAGCUGAUGCGAAGCUUGCAGAAACAAAUGCUAAGAAUGCCGCAGAGUCUGCCACGGAAGCAGACGAGAAGCCAAAGACGGAGACGUCCCAAGAGGGGACGGCAGCUGUAACCGAAAAGGUAAAUAAAGCCGCCACAGAUGCAAAGACGAACGCUGAGUCAGCAGAAAAGAAUACCGGCGGUACCGCGCAGAGUAUUGAUAAUGCACUGAAGGUAGCGGAGGUGGUGAAAGAACUUACAGAAGAGGCAUGGAGCUCCGCUGACGAUGCCAAGGACGCGGCUAAGAAAAAGAAGGAUGGUGCGGAUGCUGCGCUGGUCGAGGCCGAAGAAGAGUUGAAGAAAUUCACCAAAGUGGAGAAGCCAGAGUCACAGCUACCCGAGGCGGAGGAACCGCCCACUGACCACAAAUCCAGCGAGGCAGAAGCCACUGUACCCCUGCCAACGGACCAACCACCGAAGUCGGAGAAGACUGCUGUUGAGGGGAAAGACCAAACGACAACAACGCCAAACCCCACGGAUCUUGUUAAAGGGGAUUCCUCAACACCGGAGGGAAUGCCCGCUGCGUUAGUGGCUGCGAACAAAGACAGUGCGGCAUACGGCAGCGACAUCCCCGCGUGGGUGCGUGCCCCACUGCUGCUGCUGCUGCUGCUGGCCUGUGUGGCCGUGUGGUGA